GCGACCUCUGGUAAAAGGGCUUUCGUAUUUCUUGGUUGUUGUAUAUAUACUUGUUCUCAUCGUUUACUUCUGCUGGACAGAUAUCUCAUUCCCAAUAUGCAUCAUAUCUACCACUACCUCGCCCUUGCUGGCGGUGCACUCUUCUUGUAUUUUAUUUCGCAUUUCCUUCGUCUCAUCAUCAGGCUGCAUCUCUCUCCUCUUCGAUCCCUUCGUGGUCCCCCAGCUGCCUCUUUUCUCCUUGGAAACCUCAAAGCAAUGCACGACCAGGCAAAUAACAACAUCAUCGCUCGAUGGGAGGCCAUCUACGGCCCAGCUUUCGCUUACAAAGGUAUCUUCGGUGGUUGUCGUUUAAUCACCACAGAUCCGCUCGCUAUCUCUUACGUCUUGACGAAUCACAAAAAGUAUCCCAAGCCUGAGUUUAUUCGUGAGAACUUGGCCUCCAUGGGUGCAGGACAAUACAGCGUACUCACAGUGGAAGGUGAAGACCACGACAGACAGAGAAAAAUCCUGGCUCCGGCAUUUACGACUUCUCAAAUAAAAUCACUGACCCCUAUAUUUUGGCAAAAGGCGUAUGAGGUACGAGACGUGUGGAUGAAGUCGAUCCAAGAAGCUGAUGCCGCCGAAGCUUCGCGCAUCGAUGUAUGCGCGUGGCUUUCGAAAGCUGCUCUCGACGUCAUCGGUCUUGCCGGUUUUGGCUACUCUUUUGAUGCCCUCGCGAAAGACGACAACGAACUGGCCAGUGCUUAUAAUGUCAUCUUCACCACCAGCCAGAAAUUUCGAACUGCAGCUAUUUUGCAGCUAUGGUUCCCGCUGCUUCGAAUAUUUCGCCGUCAUAAUACAUUAAUGAAACACGCACAUAGUAUCCUCGACCGAAUCGGACUGGAAUUAGUCGAAGAACGGAAAAAAGAAGUGGCAGCUGAACUGGAUAACGCCUCACGCCUUGACGGCAAGGCGAACUCGCAGGCUCCUUUCCCUGCUAACGUGAAAGCCCUCCCCCGCGAUUUACUGAGCGUCCUCAUUCGGUCAAAUCUUGCGUCUACCCCGUCUGACCGCAUGAAUAUAUCUGAAGUUCUCUGUCAGAUAUCUACUUUCACUUUGGCUGGUCACGAGACAACCUCCUUCGCGCUUACUUGGUGUCUUUAUGCACUGGCUCAAUCCCCGGAUUGUCAAAAAAAGUUGCGCGCGGAACUCCAUACCAUAUCGCGCGGGUCCCCGUCAUUUGAUGAAGAGGUUGCUAACCUACGCUAUCUGGACUGGGUCGUGCGAGAGACCCUGCGACUACAUGCACCAGUGGUAUGCACCAUGAGGGUCGCAAUGCAAGAAGAUGAGAUUCCUGUCCUCGCAUCAUUCACUGAUAAGAGUGGGACAUCGAGGUCAUCCAUCAAGGUUAACAAGCAUGAUCUCGUAGCACUGCCUAUACAAACCGUCAACAAGAGCAGCGCCAUAUGGGGUGAAGAUGCCCAUGUCUUCAGGCCUGAACGCUGGGAGAAACCUCCCAAAGAGGCCAAGGCCAUACAGGGCCUUUAUUCCAAUAUACUCACUUUCCUCAGCGGGAGCCGGGGUUGCAUAGGCUAUAAGUUUGCUGUAACUGAGAUCAAGAUAUUCCUAUACGCGCUCCUCCACGACCUCGAAUUCUCUAUAGAUCCCUCGAUUAUCAUCGAGAAGACUUUCAACGUGGUUGCCCGUCCCUCUGUGAAAUCAGAACCAGAUGCCGGGAACCAAAUGCCUUUAUCGAUUUCUCUAGUUUCUGUCCUGCCUACUGAUAGCUAAUGGCACGAUUGGUCGUCCCGCGUAUCGCCUCUAUCGUCCUCAUUCACGUCACUCUUAACAUGUUCAUCACCCUUGAUGCGCUCUCCUGUCUAGCUCCGCUCCAUGUCCUCCAUCCGAACCAUCCCUGACAACCAUCCUCGUCGGCCGCCUCCACAACACCAUAUAACUCGAUCCGCGGAAAUACACCUUUCGUUGUUUUCAAGGUUCAGGUGAUACCUAGAGAGAUGUUAGAUAUUUUCUCAUCCCUUACAAUAUUAUCUAUAACUGGCGACCCGGUGACUGUACGAGUUCCACACUGGGUUCCACGGUAUAUUGUGUGUACUCCGUUCAAGGCGUAGGUGGCUACAUAGCCUUGUGCAAGGAUUUAC